CUUGUUUAAGAUCAAUUUAAAACUAGUGGUAUAUAGAGGAAAAUACAUCAUUUGUAAAUACGUUGUUGUUAUGCUCGGAAAUCUUGAAUUAUGGUUUCAAUUUGUUUUAUAUUUUCAGUGUAAAUAAAAAUGUUUGAGCUUUGCACGGUAUAAGACUAGUGUUGAUCUCAUGUGAAAAAAUCGAAACAAUGAAGGAUAUAUUCACCAUAGCAAUCACUUUGCUAUAUCUAGGUGGUUUGGUGAGCGGACAAUUGAGAAAUGAAUCGAAUGUUGAAUACAUAAACAAUGAAACUACAAUAACGACUUUCGACACUGAACAAACAUAUAGAUGGAUAAUAGAAUAUCCGAAUGGACCUUUUGUGAGGAUCGUCUUCACAAAUGUAUCACUGGAAAGUAAUCAGGAUUGCUCCGACAAACUACUCAUUAGUAAAACCCCUAACAACACAAGAUCGCAAACAAUUGAUCAUCGUUACAAUGGGAGAGUAUUUGUUGUUGAAACGAGUGAGACCUACUUGACCAUGACCUUCUUGCCAUGUCAAGUGCAAAGAAAGACGAUUAGGGGGUUUCGAGCAAUAAUUACAAAACAAGACGUUCCUGCUUGUGUUGCGAAAAGUUCUGUAGAGACGUGGAUGAAUGAACAUCAUAUAUGUAACAGACCGACGAUGAUGCUCACUUCAAUGUCGAUAUUAAACUUCCCAUUUCUGCACACAGAAGAAACAUGGGAGAUAAUUGUUGCUCGCCACCAUACUAUUCAAUUACAUUUUACUGACUUCUAUAUCGAAUGUUUCACGGGAGAAAGGUUUGCAAUCAAAGAGUACACGUCGGGUGAGGAAAAGACGUUUUGCAUAUCAGACAUUCAAAAUAUUGCUAUAAAAUCGAAGACAGAACACAUUGCUGUAAUAUACAAAAAUGACGAAUAUAUUUCGACAGUCAGAACGGAAGGGUUUCGGCUCCAGUAUUCAGCUGUAAACCAUUCAUUAGCAUAUAUCACAGAUAGGACGGACGUUUCACUGGGUAUGGUUGAACCAACUCGGAUGUUUGGAUAUUUUACAGCGUGUUCAGAAACCUAUAUGAGAUGUUACACAAUAUAUCCCUGGAAAGGACCUACAAACUGGGAUAAUGCAAACAAGCACUGCAAGACGAACAAUCUUCAGCUUGUUUCUGUACAGUCAAAAUACGAAAUGAAGUACAUUAACUAUGUUUUACGGGACUUCGUAUACAACAAUAAGUGGGUAUCGGAUACAGUGAAGAAUUAUACGGCACAUAUUGGCCUGAGAUACUACGAAAGAAAUGGAGAGAAGAAAUAUAUCUGGGAGAAUACUUCACCGGUUACAUUCUCUGCUUGGAGACAAGGACAUCCCAAAGCAGGCAAAGAAUGUACUCGAACAAACUUUCUAUUCUUUGAAGAAAAUACCUGGGAAUCCGAACAUUGUACGGAGGAAAAGGUUCUGUUUAUUGUGUGUAUGUCACCAAUUGCAGGCAAAGUGGAUACAAUCAUUUCAAGAAAAGCACGAGACGCAAUUCAAGACCAAAAUAAGGAAAACAUUAUUUAUUGACUUACAACUUAAAUUACGUGCCACAUUAUAUAGCGCCCAUGUUUUGAUUUCUUUUGAAAUAUUUGUCUUGACCUUCCUUUACUGUGAAAUUAUGUGUCAAUAUCUAAGGAAAAUGUGACUCGCUUGACAGUUUUGUUAAAUACGUGUAAAAUAGUGAUCCUUAGGAUCAAACGAGGCUGGCACCUUCUAGGGUAUCUCAUUUCAGUAUAAUUGGGUCAAAUGUCAAAUGAGUGCAUUUACAGAUAAACUAUGCCGUUGUACACUCGUUAUAUUUUAUCUAACAUCUAAAUUGCUUUAAGUAUUUGUCUGAACACUUUUAAUAUAUAUACUAGCGGAAAAAAGAAACUGUGCAUGGGUAUAAUAUGCUAUAACUUAGAAGGUUUACAAGAAAUCGCAAAAAAAAUUUAAACAUGGUUUUAUCUGACCUAUAUUUAACACCAGCUCAGUUGAUAUGGUUAUUGCAUCUGGAGCGUCUUGGAUAGAUAUCAGUUUUCAGAGACGUUCUCUAAACAAAGUUCAGCUCAUCAAUAUCGUGUAUGUCCACCCUUAGAAUCGAUACAUGCUUGGCAACGACGCCUCAGUGAUGCGACAAAUGUGCUGAAAAAUGCCUGGGGAAUACCAUUCCAGAUUCUUACUAGCGCACGUGACAGGUCAGGUAACGUCAACGGCUGAUUUUGGAGGCCACUUAAGCGACACUGCAUCUGAUCCCACACGUGUUCUAUAGGCGACAGAUCCGGUGACAUUGCAGGCCAGGGCAGCACAUUCACAUUGUUCUGGAUCAAGAAGUCGGUGACGACCCGCGCGCUGUGAGGGCGAGCGUUAUCAUGUUGCAGCGUGGCGUUACGUUGCUGCACAAAUAGAAGGACGUGAGGCCGUAUGAUUUCGUCACGGUAUCUGAUGCCUGUAAGUGUUCCGUCUAAAACCACAAGAAUUGUUCUGCCACGGGAUGAGAUGCCACCCCACACCAUGACACUACCUCCGCCGAAUGGACGUCGUUGAAUCACACAAAUGUCAUGGAAACAUUAACACCUAACACGGUACACUCUAGAACGACCAUCGCUGUUGUCGAGAUGAAACCUGGACUCAUCCGUGAAUAAAACAUGUGCCCAGUCCUGUUGCGGGAAGUGUAUGUGUCGUCUACACCAGGCAAAACGUGCUACACGGUGACGAUGCUGGAGAACAGGACCUAUGACUGGACGUCGUGGCCGUAUGCCUCGUUCACGCAAUUGAUUACGUACCGUUCAGGGACUAAUUUUUCUAAGGCCAGGAAUGCUUGUAGCCGUCAAAGUAGCAGUUCUGAGUCGUUCACGGAGAUGUACCACCCGGAUGUACGUAUCCUGGCGAUUAGACGCUAUGCGUGGACGUCCUGACCGAUGCCGGCCUCUAGUUGUCCCACACUGUUGGUACCGUCUCCACAAGGCGUCUACAGUAUUUCGGUGCACACCAAAUUGUCUGGCAACGUCAAUAUGACGUACACCAGCUUCAAUCAUACCUACGGCGCGGCAUCUGUCAGUUUCAUUCAACCUUGGCAUGGCGUAUCAAAGACGUUUUUCAAAAUUAUCCUGGUUUUGUGUCUUACAGGUAUCAACAUUAUGCUUUUACAUAGGUUUAGGCAACAAAAAAUUGACUGCUGUCCGAAAAAAAACAACGUGAAAACGAAGACAGUGGCCAGACAGACAAACUACUUGUGCAACUCAUGCACUGACCUGUGUAGAUGACCGAGAGGAAUACACAGCUUACCUGUGUAAAGUUUCAAGCUUUAAUUUAUAAAAUUGAGCGAUACAUGAACAUUUUACACAUGCACAGUUUCUUUUUUCCGCUAGUAUAAUAAAAAUUAUAACAAUAUUAAGAAAAAAUUCUAUGCAUAUUGACAUAUCUAAAUAAAGUCUAUUUAUCUGACAAGAGCAGUGGCAUCCGAUAGCAAAUUGUGUUCAUGUUUGACAUAUUUUCAUCCUUGUUUUUAUCUUUAUUUUUGGGUGAAAUGCAGAAAAAUAUUUGAUUCUGUCGUAUCAAAGGAUCAUUCAGUGUCAUCUUAGGGUCCCAUAAAUGUCAAAGGUUAAAACUGAACUUUAGUUAACGUACUUCCAACAUAUUAAAAACUUAUGUCUCUGUGUGUGUGACCGGGUUUAAGCUCCCCAGUGGUGUUUUUGCCACUGACCGUUCCAAGGCGGUGCCCCACUGUGUUCCUUUGUUUGUUCGUUUUGUCCUUGUGUGUUGACUUUGUGUGCGCGCGUGUGUGUAUGCUUAUUGUUCGUCUUGUCCUUAUGUGUUGGCUUUGAGUUGUGUGUGUGUGUGUGUUGUUCGUUUUGUCCUGAUGUGUAAGC